GUCCACAGUCCUAACUCGGCCUCAGGCUAAGAUAGAUCGUAUCUUUCGUCGGGUUCGAUCUUGCCCGCGAAUUCGUCUCGCGCGCGCGUUAGGUCUCGCCGGCCCUGAUCGACCUCCGCUUCUCAGCUGCGACCGAUCGAACGGACCAUCGAGUGUCGACGGAACCGUCUCCUUUUAACGCGCGUCGCGUCGAUAACGUUACGCCGAGACAGUUUCUUCUCGGCUCGAGUCUUGGUUUCAAGUGUCGGUGAACUUCCAGGACCCCGAGGAUACUUUCCUGUUCCCAGGAUACAAUACCAAGAGCCAGGAACGCAGGAGAUGCUGCCGAAAUUACGGCGCUGCUGAAGCCACGUCUGAUCAAACAAGUUGUAAAUCAGAUCGAAAAAUGCAGACAACGCGAUCGGUGCUGUCGUUGCUCCUGAUCAUCCUGAGUUGCUCAGGAUGGACUAACGGGCUCUGCAGCCUGGAGAACGGUACCAUAGCCCGUUGCAACGAGCUCAGUGAUAUCAAGUACAUCGAGACCUACGAUCUCGACACGUUGAAGACUUCCGUGCAGGAAUCGGUUCUUCGUCCAGGUUCCUUCAACAAUCUGACCAGCCUACGGCACUUGGACCUCUCGGGAGGCAACCUGAAACGAAUAGAGGUCGGUAGUUUCCGAAAACUGAGCAACCUCAGAAGCCUGAACCUCGCUGAAAAUCAUAUCGGGCACCUGGAAUUCGCCGUCGCGGACGAUUUGCGUCAUCUGCACAGUCUGAAUCUUCGUAAGAACAAUUUUCAGCAUCUGCCGUCGAGCAUAGUCCGAUUGAACGCUCUGAAGCACUUGGACGUCCAUAACAACCCUCUGCGAUGCGACUGCGCGACGCUACAGGCGAGGGAUCUGAUCGUGGACAAGGGGGUGAAGAUCUCGAAGAACACUCUGUGCUCUGGUCCAGGCAACAUGAAAGGGACGUCGUUGUUCGAACCGGACGCGACGCUCGUUUGCAAGCUCGAGGAAGAGGAUCGCGAGAUGCAGAGGGAUCAGCCUGACGUUGACCCCGAGGAGGAGCUUGGUUCUGGAAACGACAAGCUCGACGACAACGAGGAAUACCAUUCCAUAGAGGUUCCAGAUGUACCCUCGGAGGCUCCAGAGACGGUGGAAAUUGAGACACCGUUCCCUGAAUCUCCUGAACUCACCACGUCUAGGACCACCACUCAGGAAGUGACGAUGUGCUCGUCGGAAAACGGCGAUUGCUUCGAGAAGACGAUCGACAAGGAUGGCGAAUUAUUCUUCGACUCGGAGGAGAGGAAGGAAACCACGGCAACCCCGCGUAAGAAAAUAUUCAAGGACGCUCUGUUCCAUCCGGUGGACGGUUCCGGGGAGGGAGAGGAAGGCUCUGGCGAGGGUUCCGGGGCAGACGGGAUCUUCGAAGACUGGAAGAAGACCGACGAGAUGCUGGAACCGAUCGAGUCCGAAGAGGAAUUGUCGUUGUUGGGCAAUAAGUUCUUCAACAGCUUGUUGAACGUGUUUUGGAGCACCACGGAAGUCCCGGCAGCGAAGAAGGACCUGGAUCUGGAAGAGGAACAAUUCAUCGACGCGUCCGUGACCAAAGAAGCCGAGGAGAAGAUCAUUGUGCCAAAGAAAAUCGAUUUAGACGAAUCGGCGCCACCUGGUGUCGCCGAAACGACCACUGGAUGGAGCACUGUCAGUGCUACCGCCGGGACGGAAUUGGUGGAUGGCGAAUUGAACGAUCUGUCGAAAGUAGGGAACGUCAAGCUCAAUGACGAUGAUGAUCUGGCGGAAAUGUCCUCGACGAAACAGUCGAAGAAAGGAAUGGGCUCUUACGUCGUCCUGGCUGCUCUGCUGGCGAUCCUGGCCACCCUCAUCGUGUUCGCGGCCUACAAGGGCGACUUCUGCAAAAAGAAGAGGAAACGCGGCGACGUGGAGAACGGCACCGAGCUGAAGGACAUGCAGAAAGCGCUUUUGGACACGGGCAACGCGCUGCAGCCGAAGGUAGCUUCGAACGGAAACGUGGAGAGCGUUCCUCUGGUCGAAGACGCGACCAUUUACGAGGAUCAAAGAAGACCCAACGAGAUCAAGCCGAAAUCUCUGAACGGCAGCACCGAUUGCAUAGACCCAGUGAAACCGCCUAGAAGGGCCAACGAGACGCCUGUGCACGACGUGAGCUCGUUCAAGACCGACUCGUUGUCUGCGAGAGCGAGUCCUGCUGACUUGACGGAUAACAACAGUCCGAUAGCUCCAUCGUCGGAGAUCAACGUGCCACCUUUAAGUCCAGGUGCCCAGAGAGUGAAGAUCACCUUGCAAGACAAUCCCGACAGCGUGCCAAAAACGCCUAUACUCAUUACGAGAACGAUGGCUGGUGAUAAUCUAGUCAAAAAGCCAUGAAGUUGAUUCCCGCGUAGAUCGGACGAAAGACGCGAAACAAUUUUGGAUCGACCGCAAUAAUCGAAGACAACACGAACGCGGGAAGAGGAACCUGAGAUAAACACAAAUGAAGGGUCAGCGUGAUCGCGUGUUCCAAUUCGAAGGAUUCAUAGUGUCGCCAGUGUUCCUCGAACUAUGCGAUUUAGUGACAUAUGGGAUAAAGUGAGACGUAGAAUUAUCGUUAAAUUUGUAUCUUAAAGCGAACUGUCUUCGAUGGAACGAUCACGUUGGUAGCUGUUCGACGCGAAUUUGUUUGGUCGAGAACGUUAGGAGGGACGAGCGAUUCCGUGAAACGAGAUUGUUUGUACAUAUUUUCAGAUAUAUAUGUAUAUGUAACAUGUUACAUAAUAUAUUAAAUAUUAUGUAUAUAUAAACUUCCGUUAUUUGUACAAGAUUUAUGGAUGGAAAAUAUUUGAUACAUUUUAUAUACGUGUAUACAAUAUUAGCACACUAGUCAGUUCCCUUAAGGAUUUUCCUUAUCGUGCAAGCUUGAAUGGUAUUCAAGUGCGUCAAGUUCCAUUAGAAUCCUCUGAACUCGGAAUACAUCGUUAAUUAUAGAAUUCGAGAGUAAGAUUAACAUUGCUGUAAUGAUAGAAGUUCACGUAUUAACGUUACAGUUGCUUGUUUUUAAUGUUUCAGUGUUGAUAGAACAUUAGAAUUUUAAAUGCCGUAUAGCUCUGAUAAUAUGCAAAUGUUUCGUUAUUUGGUAUAGUGUCAGCGAACGAAUUUUAUCUUUGACGAGCGAAUCGGGGCCAUUCCCACCACUGGUUGCUCUAUCGAUUUCUGGAACAGAGUCGCUACCCGAAUAAUCGAACGGCGGAAUCGAUUCGCGUCCAGUUAUCCGGGUGAUAGCGUACUAUGUACUAUGCAGAGAUCAUAAGUUGCCAACGAAUCAAAUUUGCAGUAUCGCCUUUAUAUACACGAACUGUCAUUGUUAGCUAACAUUAGAAGGGAUAUCGAAACAGGUGAGGCAGAGAUUUAUGGAGGGAAUUAGGCGAAAAGUGUAUCACAAAUUCUAUUAUCGUGAUUUGUAGAUUUUUCCGUAGGACAAUAAUAAUCGAAAAUAAAUUCUGCCAAAGGCAGUUAAUAGGUUUAAAUAGCAGAAAAAGCGUACCUCCUCAAAAUUUUAGAUUUGUAUGUAAUUUUUACUGUGAUUUAUGAAUGUUGUCCCUGAACUGUUUGGUCAGACCUUGUAUUAAAUCUUCGUGCCGAAUACAAAAAAAAAAAAAUAAAAAACAGGAAUUUGAUUUCUGCUAGCGGAACUUACUACUUAGUAACUAGUUGAAAAAUUAAUUUAUACAAUGUUUCUACCGUAUAAAUUCACAACAAGCAUUCCAAAUCAAUCGUAUCAUCCUGCCCAAUGGUCGUUGUCAUCGAUCGUAAUUUUCAUCGCGCUGUAAAUCUCUCGUAAAGGUGACGUAAUCGAUUGCGCUCGGAAUGAAGUAUUGGAAUAAACUAUUAGGAAUUAGAAAAUUUCUAACGUUUCGAACUUGUCUUUAGCGAUACACGACAAUCUUACAUAAAAGAAAAAAAUACAGCAAUAGAUAUUCUUAAAUUACGAUUAAUCUGUUUAUUGCAAUAAAUAUUACAAAUAUUGACGUUGAGCGUUGUUCAAGGAUUUGUUGAGACGUGUUCAAAGCGAUGGGAAUAUUUUUUAAAAUUGAGACACGAAACGUACGAAGCACGGGUUCGAAUUGUUCUGUUACAUAUUUUUCUUCGGAGUUAAAUAUGUUUCUUAGAACGAAAAAUGGAAAUACGUGGGUGUGGAAUGUCUUUAAGAGUAAUUCUUUGCAAACUACUCUUCUGAUUUUUGCGACGAAUAUUCCCAUCGUUUUCGUUACAUUUGAUUCUUCGCGGCAAACGUAUGCUUUUUGGAACCAAAUGCGUGAAACGUGAAGGCAUCUACGAUUAAAAUAUUAAAACAGGGCGGACAUCCCUCGUAAGAAAAUUCUUCCAAAGAUGCGUGCGUUCCUGUGCAUCAAUUAUUGCAUCACAGAUUGUCCAUUAAACGCGCAAAGAUUUCGUAAAAGCGUUUCGUUUAAUCGGCAACGAGAAGAAUUAUCUCAUCGAUAUCGCGAUUAUCACUGAAACGCUAAAAAGAGCGAUCUUUGAUCCUUCAUGAUAUCAUCGGAACGUCGUCAUUAUUGUCGCCAUUUUAUUUGUUCCAUAAUAUGUUGGCUGCGCGACGUUUACGAAUAAAUACGAAAGCGGGAAAGCAGUCAACAUAAUCGUAUAAAUAUAUUUUUCAAGCGUUUAUAAUUUUAACCUUGAAUGCGAAAUAAAAUAUAAAUAUUUAUCUGACGAACGUUUACCUCGAAUACUAUUUACCGACCCUGUUCAAGUAUUAACUCGUUUAGACAGCUUUUUUGGGUGGCGAAAUAUUAUUUAUUUCCAUUGGUAGUGUCAAUGAAAGUAAAUGGGUAUUCUUUAUAUUCUGGUCGAGUUUUAUUUAUCAUCAACACCACCAGGUCAGUGGACUCGUACAAAAGUUUAUACAGUACAGUUUUCCCUUAUAAAUUUAUAAACUAUUCUACAUUAUCUACUGGAAGGAUGAUGAAUGGUGACGUCUCUUUUAUGUGCAUUAUUUUUACAUUCAGUGUUAAUAAACUAAAGAGACAGGAGGAAUCGAUGUUCCCUGCACCUUCUCGUUUUACUCUGCCAAACAGUUAUUAAAUCGAACGUAAUAGGGAAAAAUCGGAAUAGAUGCAGCGUGAAUCGAGUCGAUCAACCGGUUCCUUGCUUCUUCAGGCAUCCCACUGCGAACUACGGAAGUGUGGACACGACUUAGGACAUCUAUCAAAGAGAGGGAUACAUCGCAGACAGGUGCGCGUUGCCACGCACUCACCUGCGGUCGAAUGUAUCUUUCCAUUCGAUCGAACCACCGGAGGACGGUUGCUGACCAUUAGGAUGAGCUACAUGACCGGUCACGUGCUUCUUACAACCAAGAAGCGAUAACCGUAGUG